AUGGCUCCCUCAGUUUUGAGCAUGGACGAAAUCGAGUCUCGCAAGCUCACCCGACGAAUCCUGCUCAAACUCGAUCUCCGUAUCUUGCCCAUCUUAGCUCUGCUGUUCCUGGCUAGCUUCAUCGACAGGACCAACAUCGGCAACGCGGGAAUCGCGGGGCUAAAGACCGAUGCUCACCUGAAGGGCGACCAGUUCAACAUCACUCUUGCCGUGUUCUACGCGUCAUACGUCGUCGUCGAGUUACCGUCCAACUGGGUGCUCAAGCGGAUACGCGCAAACCGAUGGCUCUCUCUGCUGGUGUUCGUAUGGGGCACGGUAACAACUCUUAUGGGAUUGGUCGAUAGCUUCGGAAGUCUUGCCGCAGUACGCGUCGUAUUGGGCUUCUGCGAGGGCGGUCUACUCCCCGGAAUGAUGCUCUAUCUCAGCACCAUGUACAAGAGGCACGAGCUUCAGUUACGAGUCGGGAUCUUCUAUGCGUCCGCAUCGCUGUCUGGCGCCUUCGGAGGUCUGCUUGCUACCGCCAUUAUCAGGAUGGAUGGCGUGGCUGGCCUCUCUGGCUGGCGUUGGAUAUUCAUACUCGAGGGAAUCGCGACCUGCAUGAUAGCAAUUAUAUCUGCAGUGGUACUGCCGUCAACGCUGUCGACGGCGCGCUUCUUGACCGAAGAAGAACGAACAUUCGCGCUCGAACGCUUUCACAUGGCGGACAGCACGGCUGCGAGUGCCCCUCUCUCGGAACCGGCUCAGAACAUUCGAGUCCACGAGAAAGAUGCCGAGAAGGAAGAGGAGAGGCGAGUAGAAGACGUCAGCGUUGUGAGCUCGAUAGUCGUGCAUGAGGAGGACGAGAGGUUUGAGUGGCGUGAGGUCGUCCGUGGUCUCAUCGACAUCCAAACAUGGCUCACAGCAAUCGCGUACCUGGGGAUGAUAGUCGGCCUGUACUCUUUCUCAUUGUUCCUACCGACCAUUGUGGCGGGCCUGGGAUAUUCUGGUGGUCAAGCUCAAUUGCACACAGUGCCCCCGUACAUCCCAGCAGUUGUCCUGACCGUUAUUGUCGCCUAUCUCUCUGACAGAUAUCGCAUGAGAGGCCCUUUCAUGCUCAUACUUCUUCCGAUCUCGAUGAUAGGAUACAUUGUGUCCAUAACAGCAAAGAACAACAAUACACGCUAUGCCGCUGUGUUCCUGAUGGCGUCUGGACUAUAUCCGUCUGCACCUUGUGUACUGUCCAUCAUCCCCAACAAUACCAGCGGGCACUACAAGAAAGCCACUUGUGUCGCACUCCAACUUGCCUUCGCAAACUGCGGUGGCUUUGUCGCUACGUUUGUCUAUACAAGCGAUCAAGCGCCUUCGUUUAAGAAGGGCCACUCUAUCGUGCUGGGCUUCGUUGUACUGGCAUGGGUCUUCACCGCUAUCAACGUCGCAUACUGUCACUGGGAGAAUCGCGCUCGCGCUCUUGGGAAGCGUCAGGGCAAUAUCGAGGCAUACCAGCUGCUUUGGGAAUCGGGCAAGACACGCGCUCCCAUCGGCGAUCGCCACCCAGACUUCCGCUUCACACUAUAG